AUGACCACCAAGCCCUCAGGAGAGGCCGGAGCCACCAGCAGCCCCCCACAUGGCACUCCUGAGGCAUCCUUGGGCAGCGUGGCAGACAGUCCAGCAGGAGGGUCCCAAAGCCAGGCAAGUGGCACCUCAGCACCAGCUAACCAGCAGGAUAUAAGUCGGGACCCUGCCCAGCCGGCCACCUCAGAGGCCAAGUCACCAUUGGGGUGUGUCCCAGAGGACAGCAAGAGGCCCAAAGAGGUAAAAUUUCUGUUCCUCCAUGAAACCCCAGGUGCUCUGCGAGCUUCCACGAGCCUCCAGGACACAUCGGUGAUCAAGCUGGUUCAAGAGGCAAAGACCAGCCAAAGUCAGCUGACUUUGCAACAGGACUCCCUGGAUAAGGAUGAGACACCACAAAGUAAGGGUGUCCCCAGCGGGCAUCCGGAAUUAGCCCCACCUACCCCACGUGCUGAGGCACAGCCCGCUGAGGCACAGCCCGCUGAGAGCGCUGCUGGUCAACCAGACGUAGAUGCCAAUGCCGUGAGUCCCGCCACCCAGCCCACUGCAGAUGUCGAGGGGCAGCCUGACACUCAGGCCGCUGGCAACACUGAGGCCGCUCAGGAGCAACCUGGGGGCCCGGAGGCUUUGAGCCCUUGGGUGGACAGCUCAGACGAGCCACAGGCUCAGUCUCUCCCUUCAUCCCCAGGGUGCAGUGCCCCGCCAUCACCUGCUUUGUGCCCAGUGGCCCUAGGGAGGAGGCCUUUGGACUCUAGCUUAUACAUGGCCAACGAGGAGAACAGCUACAUGCGCUCCAUGACCAGCUUGCUGGGCGGGGGCGAGGGCUCCAUCAGCUCCCUGGCGGACAUCCUGGUGUGGUCUGAGCCCACCACGGGCAUGGCCAUGGGCUUCCUGGGCUCCGGCCAUGCCUCUGUGACGGACCUGUUGCAGGGCACCGGGCCCAGCAUGCGCUCAGCCUCCAGCAUCCUGGACAGUGCCAGCUCGGCCUUCUCCUCCGGGCUGCUGGCAGGCACAGGCUCGGCCCUUCGCUCUGUCACACACAUGCUGGAGACAGUCGAGCGGAGGACGAUCGAGGGCAUCCGCUCAGCCGUGCGCUUCCUGACCAGCCACCUCACCCCACCUCGGGCCCCAGCCGGCCGGCCCCAGCUGUGA